UAAAAUGCCCAAAUAAAAUCCAUGUUUGCUUUACUAUUGUUUGUAAAUUGUAAUAAGACAGACGUAAAAAUAAAAUCAACUUCUGAGAUCAGUUUUGUAUCUUGGUUUGUAACCUUAUGCCAAUUGUCAGCACACGUAGAGGAGGGGACUGCAUGUCCCAUAAGUCCGCGCGGCUUAGCGCUUCCAGGUACAUCCGUGACAUAUCGGAGCUGGCAUGCGCACGCAUCUCUCGGACAGAGCGGGCGGGCGGGGCGGGGCGCUGCCGCCGCUUCCUGUCAUCUCGGUGUAACGGUCCGUGAGGAUGGACGCGGCGGAGUGCGGGGUCAGGGUGAUGUGCCGCUUUCGGCCGCUGAACGACACGGAGCGAAGCCGCGGAGACAAAUUCAUCCCCAAGUUCAGCGGGGAGGACACGGUGGUGCUGGCGAUGUAUUGGGAGGAUACAAUGGUACCAUCUUUGCUUAUGGACAGACAUCAUCAGGAAAGACUCACACGAUGGAGGGAAACCUACACAAUUCCCAGCUGAUGGGGAUCAUCCCUCGCAUAGCCAGGGACAUCUUUGAUCACAUCUAUGCUAUGGAUGAUAAUCUGGAAUUCCACAUCAAGGUUUCCUACUUUGAAAUCUAUCUGGACAAAAUUAGAGACUUGUUGGAUGUAUCAAAGACCAACUUGGCAGUUCAUGAGGACAAAAACAGGGUUCCUUUUGUCAAGGGCUGUACAGAGCGCUUUGUGUCCAGUCCUGAGGAAGUUAUGGACAUCAUUGAUGAGGGAAAAGCAAACCGGCAUGUUGCUGUCACAAACAUGAACGAGCACAGUUCUCGCAGUCACAGUAUUUUCCUGAUCAACAUCAAGCAGGAGAAUGUGGAGACGGAAACCAAACUAUCUGGGAAGCUCUACCUGGUGGACCUGGCCGGCAGUGAAAAGGUGAGUAAAACAGGUGCAGAGGGAGCCAUCCUGGAUGAAGCAAAGAACAUAAACAAGUCUUUGUCUGCUCUGGGAAAUGUCAUUGCUGCUCUGAGUGAAGGAACGAAAGGACAUGUUCCAUACCGAGACAGUAAGAUGACUCGAAUCCUGCAAGAUUCACUGGGAGGAAAUUGUCGAACCACUAUUAUCAUAUGUUGUUCACCAUCCGUUUAUAAUGAAGCUGAAACCAAGUCCACCCUUAUGUUCGGACAGAGGGCCAAAACCAUAAAGAACACAGUGUCUGUGAAUCUGGAGCUGACUGCUGAGGAAUGGAAGAAGAAGUACGAAAAAGAGAAAGAGAAGAACAAGAAUCUGAGCAUUAUGAUCCAGAAGCUGGAAAGUGAGCUGAAAAGAUGGAGAAAAGGUGAGUCUGUACCUGUGGAGGAGCAGCUGAGCAGCAGAAACAAGAAGAACAGCAGUGAGACCACAGUGCUCACAGAGAGUGUUGCUCCACCCACUGAAGAGGAGAAAAUGCAGUAUGAGAAGCUCAUCACCGACCUGUACCAGCAACUGGAUGAUAAAGAUGAUGAAAUUAACCAGCAGAGUCAGAUGUGUGAAAACCUUAAACAGCAGCUCAUGGAUCAGGAUGAGCUGCUGACCGCCAGCCGUCAGGACUACCAGCAGUUGCAAGAAACACUGUGUCAGCUGCAGAAGGACAGUGAGUCAGCUAAAGAAGAGGUGAAGGAGGUCCUCCAGGCUCUGGAAGAGCUUGCUGUUAACUAUGACCACAAGAGCCAGGAGGUGGAGACAAAGACUCAGUCCAUCCACCAGCUGAAUGAGGAGAUUGGACUCAAAGCUGCAGCUCUGGAGGUAGCUGAAAGGGACUCAUCCACAAAGCAAGAGCUCAUUUUGUACCAUAAGAAGAGGUCUUCAGAGAUCCUCAACCUGCUGCUUAGAGAGCUGGGUGAAAUGAGCAGCAUCCUUGGAACAAGCGAGCUCAGAAUUAUGGCUGAAGGAAGCGAGAUGAUGGAGGAGGAGUUCACCACUGCUCGCCUCUUCAUUAGUAAGAUGAAGUCUGAAGUCAAAUCUUUGGUGAGCCGCAGCAAACACCUGGAGGAGCAGCUGACAGAGAUCACCUGCAGAACGGAGGCCCAUGAAAAAGAGCUCAGCGCCAGUCAGCUGCUCAUUCUACAGCUGCAGAGCAAGUCAGCAUCUCUGACAGACGACGUGCACAAACUGGAGCUGAAGAAGAGACAGAUGGAGGAGAGCCAGGACUCUCUGAUGGAGGAGGUCGCCAAGCUCCGUGCCCAAGGUCAAAUGCAUGAGCUGACAGUGCUCGACAAAGAGAAGGAACACCUCAGCAGGCUAAAGGAUGCUGUGGAGAUGAAGAAAACUCUGGAGGAGCAGAUGGAGAACCACAGGGAAGUGCACCAGAAGCAGCUGAGUCAUCUUCGGGAUGAAAUCGAGCAAAAACAGCGAGACUUGGAGCGAGUCAAAGAUGUCAAUCAAUCGCUGGUGCUGGAGAACAGAAAGCUGGAGUCUGACCUGUGUAAACUGAAAGCUGAGGAUCAGAAAAAGGACCAGAGACUCCAGAAACUGAUGUUGGUGAAUGCAAGAAGAGAACUGGCCAAAGAGGAUCUGAAAGGCUUGGAGGACACUGUGGCAAAGGAGCUGCAGACUCUGACGGACCUCCGGAAGCGAUUCAUUCAGGACCUUCGGUCUCGAGUCCACUGUCAGGAUUCCGACAAUGACAGCAUCGAGGCUGGAGGCAGUUUGGCCCAGAGACAGAGGAUCAUCUUCUUAGAGAACAACCUGGAACAGCUGGGGAAGGUCCACAAGCAGCUGGUUCGGGAUAAUGCAGACCUUCGAUGUGAGCUGCCCAAGUUGGAACGGCGGUUGCGUGCCACAGCUGAACGAGUGAAAGCUCUGGAGACUGCUCUGAAUAAAGCCAGGGAGUCGGCUUUGAGGGACCGCAAACGAUACCAGCAGGAAGUGGAGCACAUCAAAGACGUGGUCCGAUCCACAAGCGUCUCCAAAAGAGGACAAUCUGCUCAGAUCGCUAAGCCGAUUCGAGCCGGCCAUCAUUAUCAUAAGCAGCUGUCCUCAUCUUCAGCCUCAAGAAUGACCAUAAGGAGUGGCAGUCGAGCAUCUAAGCAGGGCCAUCACACCCCCCAACAGCAACCCGACCCAAAACUCCCCAAUCAGAGCUAAAGCAGGUAGUGUGCUGAACCCGGAUCUGUUUCCCAUCACGGAGAACAUUCUCUGUCCUGGAACAGAACAUCAGGUUUCCAGGAGUGUUUCUGCUCACUGCUGUUUGAUCUCCUGCUGUCAGGGAGUCUGUUUCUGUCUGCAGCAGCAGGUUGGUAAGAAGACCUGAAGGGAUGAGAUCACCAGCACAAGCAUGCAAAACAAAAAACACUGUCUGUCUUCUUUGAGACUGUUAUUUAUUGUUGUUUACAGAGCGAACUGGCCUUUAUGUGCAAUGAUUCAAAAAGUAAACAAUUUUAGAAGAUUCAAAUAUUAUAACAAAGGACAAAGAAGCACAUUUAGAGUAGAAGAAAACAAGAAUAAAAUACUUCUUAACAGAACAGACACGACAGACCUGCUCUCUUAUUAACUGUUAUAAAAGGAUUUUUAAGUCAUUCUUUUGUCUGAACAAUGAUAUAACCUCAGCCUCCAAAUUAGAGUUUGUUUUCAACAACGUGAAAUAAUUGAUCCAAAUUGUCUACAUGAAGAACCAAUACUGCAACUGAAACAUUCCACGUGUGAAAUUUCGUCAGGACUAAGAACAAAGACUCCAACAGGCUGUUUCCACAGGAGAGAAUCAUCCCUUCAUUGUUUAGUUUUCAUUCCUGCAGAAGAGGUGGGGCUGAAGCGAUGCUGACCUACCCUUCAUCAGGAGCAUCACAGGAGCUUUCCUUUGUACGGUUUGUGUAUUCUUGGCUGCAUCUGUUUACGGGUCGUGUUGUUCUUUGUAGACGCUCUUUUGCUGAAAAGACUGUGUUUUAUUGUGAAGGACAUGUUCUCAUUUGCCUGUUUUAAAUAAAAGUCGAUUAAAAUAACAAUGA